UCAGCCUGCUACCCAACAACUCAAUUGCAUUGUACAUCAUGGUUCGCAGACUUGCAUUGGUGACAUCUCCUACGCAAUCACCGAUACCAUCACUAGCCAUGGCAUAUACCGUUCGCCCCAAUUCUGUGUCGAUGAACAUCCAUCCCAGACCGCUCGUUCUAGCCACAGCAACAGACGAGGCCAAGAUUACGACAAUCUAUGCAGACCUGUUAAUUCCAGGCGACGGAGAGCCCUUGCGCAAUGCUGCCCUGGUGAUCAGCGACAAGGUCAUCGCCUUCGUUGGACCCGCAGCCGAUAUCCCCAAGAAAUUCCUCCGGGCCACCCAAUCAAGCCAUCGAGUCCCUGUGUUGAUGCCUGGCCUAUGGGACUGUCAUAUGCACUUUGGCGGCGACGAUGACUACUACAACGAUUAUACCUCUGGCCUGGCCACUCACCCAGCCGCGUCCGGCGCUCGACUAGCCCGAGGAUGCUGGGAGGGAUUGCAGGCCGGUUAUACCUCGUACCGCGAUUUGGCUGGAUAUGGGUGCGAAGUGGCCAAAGCUAUCGAUGACGGAACCAUCGUUGGGCCGAAUGUAUACUCGUCUGGAGCUGCGAUCAGCCAGACAGCGGGGCACGGAGAUAUCUUCGCUCUUCCAGCUGGCGAGGUGCUAGGAAACUAUGGAGUGACGAACCCGCGCCCGGGAUACUGGGGAGCUGGGCAGCUAUGCAUUGCCGAUGGUCUCGAUGAGGUCCGACGAGCGGUACGGCUACAGCUCCGUCGUGGAGCGAAGGUUAUCAAGGUCAUGGGCUCUGGAGGAGUCAUGUCGCGUGACGAUAAUCCCAACUUUGCGCAAUUCUCCCCAGAAGAGCUCAAGGUGAUGGUGGACGAGGCCGCACGACAGAAUCGCAUUGUCUCUGCACACGUGCAUGGCAAGGCAGGCAUUAUGGCUGCCAUCCACGCAGGAUGCAAGAGUUUGGAACAUGUGUCGUAUGCAGACGAAGAGGUAUAUGAACUCAUGAAGGAAAAGGGAGUUCUGUUCGUGGGCACGCGGGCGGUCAUUGAGCUCCUUCUGGCUAGCAAUGGCGAGGGAUUGGUUAAGGAGUCCUGGGCCAAGGUGCAGGCCCUCGCGGGUGCGCAUCUGAAGGCUUAUCAAGGAGCCGUUAAGGCGGGGGUCACCAUGGCCCUAGGUACCGAUACUGCUCCCGGGGGCCCUACUACGCUUGAAUUGCAGUUUGCUGUCGAGAAAGGAGGCAUGACCCCACUGGAGGCCAUUCGAGCGGCAACUGCGAAUGCUCCACUGUCGGUUGGCCCACAAGCACCUUUGACCGGCCAGCUUCGAGAGGGUUAUGAGGCUGAUGUGAUCGCAUUGGAGGAGAAUCCGUUGGAUGACAUCAAGGUUUUCCAGGACUCGAAGGUGAUCACCCACGUCUGGAAAGGAGGUAAACUCUUCAAAGGCCCGGGUGUUGGUCCAUGGGGAGAAGACAGCAAGAACCCUUUUGCGUAGCCCGACGAUCUGUACUUUAUCUCAUCAUUAGCAGUAAUCUAGAAGGAUACCGAUUAAGAUCAUUGCAAGUAUCAUGUCGUCCAAGCGCCAGAGAUCAGGUCAAGUAACACUGGGUCGAGGUUUCAGGGGUUUACCUGUGCGCAGAACGGAUUCCG